AUGCGUUUCACUAUCGCCACUGUUGUUCUCUCUUUGGCCGCCAUGGUCGUUGCUAUUCCCACUACGGAAUCAACUAUCUUCGCUCGUGGUGGAGGUCAAACCUGUGCUCAAGGUCAAACACUCUCAUGUUGCCAAUCUGUCACUACUGGAGGUGAUGGUAUUUUGGGCAAUCUAUUGGGAUUGAACUGCGCCGAAAUCCCAAUUCCGAUCCUUGGUGUCGUUCUCGGAGGCAAAUGCAACUCCGCACCCGUCUGCUGUAAUUCGAACGGUGGCGAUACCAGCCCCGAUUGCGAUGACGAUUCUAACAGUGGUGGUACACAGGGUGGAAUCAAUGUUCUCACCAACAGCUGCGUUGCCAUUCCAAUCGUUCUUUAG